AUGAGGUGGAACUCUUCACUCGCUCUCUGUGCUGCGUUACUCGCGGGUGCAGUCGAUGCCCAAGGAGCCAACUGGGGAGGUUUCAACACUAUCCGCAACAUCUGGACGGCUGGAGCAUCGUACGACUACAUUGGAAGUGGUGCUUUGAGCUACAGCACGACCUCGAAUGGGCCGAACCACAUCAACUACAUCGCUAACGCACGCGGGGCGAACAAUGUGGUCCUUAACAAGUUUGCCUAUCCCGGGGCAGUGACUGACUCUCGCUAUGCGGUGCCCACACAAGUUCUUCCCGGGUUCAGUCCCAUCAUCAACUGGAAUGAUCAAAUCAACGAGAUCGUCACCGCUUUCGGUGCUGCUCGUACAGCAGGCACUGCUUCGGCCAGAGAUUCUCUCUUCAUCUUUCUGGCAUCAAACACCGGGAAUGAUAUUCUCGGCACAUACAACACCACUACUAAUCAAGCUCAAACUAUCAACAACUUGAUCGGAGUCAUCCGUACCAAGUUUGCCCAGAUAUACGGUGCAGGAGCUCGUAACUUUGUGUUCCUCUCUGUCCUACCUGCCGAGCUCAUCCCCAGGAUUCAGGUUUUGCCCCGUGCAGAUAGGGACAAGGUAGCCGACUUCGCAAACAACUACCGUGUAGCGGUGAACAAUCUCAUCACCGAGUUGAGAAACAACAACACGUAUCGCGGGCAGAUCACCAUCUUUGCACCCGACUUCACCCAGGGCUUGAGAUCCAUCAAAGCUGGCACGCUGAACACCGGUCCCACCGCUGGCUACCUUGAUCGGAACGGCUAUUGCGCGGACGCUCUUCCCAUUGGCAUUGUCGUGCCUCCGAACCCCGACUACAAGUCAACCAACUGUGCCUACGCCGCACGCAAGUACCUUUUCCACGACACGAUUCACAUUACCUCGCCGGCUCACUGUGAGUACGCUAUCAACACUCUGGCUACGCUUGGCGUCACAGCUACCCCACAACAAUUGGGUUGCCAGUUCGCCUAA